AUGCAGGUACUGCGCUCCGGCUGCCGCCCGAGGCGCGCCAGCGAGCGGCAGAGGGGUCAGUGCCGCCCUGGGAUCCAGUCGUCGCCGCGCCGCACCGAUGAAUGCCCGCAGCAAGGCGAGGCAGGCCAGCUCCUGAACACCAUGCUGCAAGCCAGCCACUGCGCUGUUGUUCCCAGUGCCGGCUCGCGCGCCGAGAGCCCCCUGGCGCGCUUCGCCCUGUGCCCCCCGGCGGUGUUUCGAGGAGGCUGCCCUCUUGUUGUCCAGGCGUUGAGCUGGCUGCUGCCGCUGCCGGGGCGCCGCGAGCCUGGAGAAGUUGGCGAGGUGAGUCGUGGCAGCCCCAGAAUCCCCUCUGGGACCCGUGUCUCACUCCCUCAGCCGGUGCCGAGUCCAGGGGAGGCUUUGGGCUGGAGGGACGGACUCCCAAGUUCACCCGCGGGCUGCCCACUUCUGUUUCUUGCUCCGCUGGAAAACUUAAGUACGGUCCAAGUGUCUUACAAGCAAAACAUCUUAACCUUUGACAUUAUGUUUGAUAUUCUCUUUCUCUGCGUGGAGUUUAACCCGCCACAGCUUUUCAUCGGAGCGUUUUAUCUUUGUCCUCAGGGUUGCUGGACCGCCCCCAGGAGGCCUGGAGAACUCAGGAGUUUCCAGGCUGUGCUGCCUCCAGAGCUCUGGAUCCACUUGGCCGUGGUGGCCUGUGGCAAUCGGCUGGAGGAGACACUGGUCAUGCUCAAAUCAGCUGUACUCUUUAGCCACAGGAAGAUCCAGUUCCACAUCUUCACAGAAGACUCUCUGAAGCCAGAGUUUGAGAAGCAGUUACGACAGUGGCCUGACUCAUAUACAAAGAAGUUCGAGCACCGAAUCUACCCCAUCACAUUUUCGGUUGGAAACCCUCAGGAAUGGAAGAAAUUAUUCAAACCGUGUGCUGCUCAGAGACUCUUUCUUCCGGUGAUUUUAAAGGAUGUGGAUUCACUUCUCUAUGUGGACACCGACGUUCUCUUUCUGAGACCUGUCGAUGACAUAUGGAAGCUUCUGAGGCAGUUUAAUGCCACCCAGCUUGCAGCCAUGGCCCCUGAGCAUGAAAUCCCCAAGAUUGGCUGGUACAGCCGCUUUGCUCGGCACCCUUUCUAUGGCUCUGCGGGAGUUAAUUCAGGAGUCAUGCUGAUGAAUUUAACUCGUAUAAGAAGUGCCCAGUUUAAGAACAGCAUGAUUCCAACAGGCUUGGCUUGGGAGGACAUGUUGUACCCUCUGUACCAGAAGUACAAGAAUGCCAUCACAUGGGGAGACCAGGAUUUAUUAAAUAUUAUUUUUUAUUUCAAUCCAGAGUGUCUCUAUGUGUUCCCGUGCCAGUGGAACUACCGUCCCGAUCACUGCAUGUACGGAAGCAACUGCAAAGAGGCUGAGCGGGAAGGCGUGUCUGUUCUGCACGGGAACCGAGGCGUCUACCAUGAUGAAAAGCAGCCAACUUUCAAAGCACUCUAUGAAGCAAUACGGGAUUUUCCCUUUCAAGACAAUCUCUUUCAAUCCAUGUAUUACCCUCUCCAGCUGAAGUUUUUGGAGACUGUGCACACUUUAUGUGGACGAAUCCCACAAGUGUUUUUGAAGCAAAUCGAGAAAACAAUGAAAAGGGCUUACGAGAAACACGUCAUCAUCCAUGUGGGCCCCAACCAGAUGCACUGA